AAUCAUACUACAAUGGCAGAAGUUGCUCCAGCUGCACCAAUCGAGGCUGCACCGGCGAAAGCCCCGAAGAAGAAGGCAGCACCCAGGCCGAAGAAAACUGGCCCGAGCGUAGGCGAGCUCGUCGUGAAGGCUAUUGCUGCGUCUAAAGAGAAGAAAGGCGUCUCCCUUGCAGCGCUCAAGAAGGCUCUGGCAACUGGUGGAUAUGAUGUGGAAAAGAACAAGGCCAGAGUCAAGCUUGCCAUCAAGAGUUUGGUAACGAAGGGAACUCUGGUCCAGACCAAAGGAACCGGUGCAUCCGGAUCGUUCAAGCUGAACAAGGCGAAGGCAGAACCAAAGAAGGCAGCACCCAAAACCAAGAAGCUAGCGGCGAAAAAAACUGCUGCGGCAAAGAAGCCCAAGAAGGCAGUGGCGAAGAAACCUGUAGCAAACAAAAAGUCCCCGAAGAAAGCAGUAAAGAAACCCGUUGCGCCAAAACCCAAAAAGGCAACGAAGAGCCCAAAGAAGGCCAAGAAGCCCGCGGCACUCAAUAAAGCAACGAAGAGCCCUAAGAAAGUCAAGGCGGUGAAACCCAAGGCAGCUAAGCCUAAAGCUUCCAAACCCAAAAAGGCUGCUGCACCCAAGAAGAAGUAAACGUCUCGCACAUUCUUCCGGUCAGCAUCAUCACGGUGUACUAAAAGGCUCUUUUAAGAGCCACCCAAAUCUUUUUUUGAUGCAUCUAUUCCAAGAUCACUUUGUGUUGUAUAUGUAACUCAUCAGCGUCUGAAGCCAUUUACUUUACCACUAUUUAUAACACUAAAGAUCUUUAUGUAUCGAGUCUAUUGCAUGAAUUCUGCUUGACGUUAAGACGCCAAAAUGCACUUUCUUACAUCCUAAGAACAUCAAACAUGUAUCCGACAUUUUACCACAUGACUUCAUCGUAUUUAAUAAGGCUUAUUGCAUUGUCACUAUGUUCGCAAAACUAACAGAAAAGCCGCCAAAUGAAGCGUGGCCCUAAUACUAAUCGUUAUGGCUAUUUUUUUUUUUUAUCUCUGGAAACUUCUAUGUAAUUUAUAUUCCAAUAUGUCCGCGUUUUCGGUGUUAUGCGCUGAAAUGGAGAAUGACGUGCUGCAGGCGCCAAUGGAAAUCACAGUGAGGGUGCACAGCUACAAGUUGAUUGGCUCUCAGCAUUUUCACCUCAGCCACUGAGACACCGAGCGUGCUGGUGUGCUAUAAUAAGGGAGCCCUAGUCUCUGAGCUUACAUUAAUAACAAAGACAAUAACAAAUCAUCUUUUUAACUUGAAUGAGGCAAAACUGGAGGCAAGGGCCAAGGCCAUCUCGGCCAUCUAGGGCUGGACUUCAGUUCCCAGUGGGUCGUGUGCACAGGUUGCUGCGUAAAGGCAACUAUGCCGAGCGCGUCGGCGCUGGUGCACCGGUCUAUUUGGCUGCUGUGCUUUGAGUAUUUGACAGCUGUGAUUCUGGAGUUGGCCGGGAACGCUGCUCGUGAUAACAAGAAGACUCGUAUCAUUCCUCCAUCCCAAUCCCCUUUAGAAAUGGAUACACAAAACCAAUCAGUCACUUAGCCAAUAGUUACCUGGUUGUUAAUAUGAUCUUUGUAUUUGUCAACACCAUUGUUCUGGCACCUUCUGCUAUUGUUCAGGGGCCAUAGACUCCAUGAUGUACCAUAGCUCAUUAUCCCAAUGAUAAAAGCAUAGGCUAUUAGGCCUGUGGAAGGGUGCGAUUUCUUGUUUACAAACACAU